CAUUUUUCAGCCGUUUCUUCACCACCCCGCGCUUGCUUGGCGCACGUUCAACGCUGAUCGCCAUGGACUGUUCGUCUUGGCCUCCAUGGAAUCUGAACGGCCAGCCAAGCGGGCUCGUCAGGACCAGAAGACCGUGGCAUUGCCCAUUCUUGCUUUCCGAGAGGAGAUUGUAAGAGCUGUCCGGCAACAUCGCGUUGUGGUCCUCGUGGGGGAAACAGGGAGUGGCAAGACAACACAGGUGCCACGUUUCCUCUACGAAGCUGCUGUGGCCACACGGCCGGGAAGCAUCGCAGUGACGCAGCCACGGCGCAUUGCAGCCAUCAGCGUGGCUCAUCGUGUGGCUUCAGAGAUGGGCUGCGAAGUAGGAGAUCUCGUUGGAUACCACGUGCGCUUUUUGAACCGCACCUCCUCCAAGACGAAAUUGAAGUAUAUGACCGAUGGAAUGCUCGUUCGAGAGUCCGCAGCUGGAGGAGCUCAUGCAGGGAUCAAUGGUUCGUCCAUCGUCGUAUUGGAUGAAGCCCAUGAGCGUGGAAUAAAUACUGACGUGCUGCUUGGACUGGUGAAGCUAGCCUUGGAGGAAGACAAACCACCUGGGCUACGAGUAGUUGUGAUGUCUGCCACAAUCCAUGCUGCACCCUUUGUGAAUUUCUUUGGUGGGAGCAAGGAGGUGAAACUGGUCAAAGUUCCAGGAAGACAGCAUCCAGUGCAAGUGUUCUAUACACCAGCUCCAGAGCCAGACAUUAUAGAGGCAGCGCUCAUCUCAGUGUUGCAGCUGCACCUGACCAGACCUGCUGGUGACGUGCUGGUGUUUUUGCCUGGUCAAGAUGACAUUGAAAGCUUACAAAGACUCCUAGAAGAGAAGCAGGAGAUGUUAAUCAAAGAAAGGCAAGAGAACCCCACCAAGCGUGUCGUUGAUCAGCAAGGUGGUCUCUCUACAUCAUCAUGGCCGACUUACGAGAAGGUGCAGAAUCUCUUGGUGAGACCGAUCUACGCAUCGUUGCCCUUUGACCAGCAGGAGCUUGUGUUUCAGCCAAGUCCUCCUGGGUGCCGGAAAGUUAUCCUGGCAACCAACAUCGCAGAGACGUCCAUCACCAUUCCAGGAAUCAGGUAUGUGAUUGACACUGGAUUGGUAAAGCUAAAGAUGACCAAUCCUCACACAGGAGUUGAGAUGCUCAGGACCGUUGAAACUUCACAAGCUUCUGCUUUGCAGAGGGCUGGGCGUGCAGGGCGUGAAGCUCCGGGAGAAGUCUUUCGACUUUAUGUCGAGUCAGAAUAUCACAAGAUGCCUGUUCAGACACCCGCUGAAAUUCUUCGUUGUGAAAUGGCUGAAGUCUACAUGCAACUCAAGGCUCUUGGCGUGGCAAAGGUUGUGGGAUUUCCGUUGGUCGACAAACCCCCACGAGAAGCCUUGGAGAAGGCCGCACAUUUUCUAUGUCGCAUUGGCGCUUUGGAUACAAGAGAUGACUUGACCGAUCUGGGCCGAAAGCUGGCCACGAUGCCUGUGAGCCCUCUGUACGCGCACUGUUUGCAUGUAUCCUUUGAGUUUGAGUGUACUGCUGAGAUCCUCAGCAUCGUAGCGAUGUUGUCAGCAGAUGCCCAGAUCUUCAUCACCUCCAAGAAGGAGCGAGAUGGCGCAAAAGCCAAGGCAUUUCACCACGAGGAUGGUGACCAUCUCUGUUUGCUCUCAGCAUUCAGUCAGUGGAAGAAGCAUCAGCAUCAAAAGGCCUUUGCUUCGCAGAAUGGUCUCAAUCAUGCUGCUCUGGAGAAGUCUGUGACGAUUCGCAAUCAACUGAAAGAUGUCUUGCACCAAGCAUGGGGAGCAUCCCAAAUUUCCAGCUGUGGCGGGCCCAAGAACUGGAUGACGGUGCGCAGAUGCCUUUUGAAGGGCCUGUUCACACAGACAGCGCGACGAGAUGAAGUGAAUCAGAAUUCCUACCGGACCUUUCUCUCAAGACAGGAGGCCAGACUGCAUCCUUCAAGUGUGCUUCACCGACGUCAACCACCACCGCCCUGCGUUGUCUACACCGAGUUGUUCGUUACAGCCAAGAGCUAUUUGCGAACAGUUACCGAGGUGGAUCCUGCCUGGCUUCCAGAACUUUGUCCUCGUUUCUUCAGCACAGGUUAAUGAUCCAUGAUGCCGACGUGAGUUCUUUGUGGGGAGGUCACAAAACCAAGGAGGAGAAGGAGAAGAAAAUUCCAAAGAUAUUCAAGAUUCAACAUAUAUAUAUAUACAUCGCUUU